AUGAGUCCGGCGAAGUCGAGCGAUGCUGACGGCGGCGCCCAGCCAUCCACUGGCGAGAUGUACGGGAGCUCGAACCCUACGAAGGCGACGGCAGAAGAAGAGGAGGAGGAGGACCCGCAGUACUCGGUGGAAUUCAGGGCGGCCAGAUCAUUCGCCGUGGCGGUGAAGGCAAAUCCAGUUGGAAGCCAGCACAUUGCUUCAGCUUUCGGCGGCGUCUAUCUUGAAGAUGAGGUUUGGGAAUUAAGGAUGCAUUUUCAUGACAGAGAUAAUAUUGAAAGGAGUAUGAUGAUGUCAGACAUCACAUAUUACAAUUUGGUAGCACUUAUGGAGACAGAAGGGUAUGGUUUUAGAGAUUAUAUGUAUUAUGUGAGGGACCCUGGGCUAGGGAUUGAAGGAAUGGAAGAAAUAGAUGAUGAUCAUAAGUUAGAGGAAAUUUUAGACCACAUAGCAGAGCAGAAUAACAAGAUAUUGAAUGUGACAAUAGUUAGGGCCAGUGCAGAGAAAGUUCCCAAUAUAAAUACCAGUGUUAAUGUCAUUGAGAUGCAGACCCCAAUAGAACAAAUUGGAGAGCCCAAACUGUAUCAGAUUGAUGAUGAAGGAGUGUUGUUCAAUGCUGAAAAUGUGCAUGUAGAAGCUGAGAGUUGUGAUGCAGGAGGAGAACAAGAGCCAAUGCCCUUGCAGUUUGACACACAGCAGAGCAGAAUAAAUGUGAGCCUGGAACCUGCUUUAGGUGAUGCAGUAGUGGAAGAAUACCAUGUGACUGACAAUUCAGAGGAGCAACUGUUAAUAGAGCAAGAAAUGGAGGAGAAAAGGAGAAAUGAAAUUGAAAUGUUUAGGAAGAAGAAGAAGGAAAGAGCGAAGGAGACUUGUUUGAACAGGAAAGCAGCAGUGAUGGACAAUGAAGAGGAUAGUGAUGAUGAUGAUCUGGUAGAAUAUGGUGAUAUCUUAGCUAGGCUUGAGGAGAUGAGAAGACAGAGGAAUGACCCAGAACUUCAUUUUGAAGGGGACACAGAUGUUGAGGAAAUGUGUGACUCAGAGGUGGAUGAUGAGCUGUAUGUGCCACAAGGUGAAGAAGAGGAUGUAGAGGAGGAAGAGGAGGAGGAAAUGGAGGAAGAGGAACAAGAGGAUGAGCUAGGGCAAGAUGUACCAAACAAGAGAAGGGCCAAGAGACAAAGAAAAGGCCCAACAAGCAAUUCACAUGGGAGUAUAGAAGACAUGUUUGAGGAGGACUGGAUUCCAUCAUCUGAUGAGGACAUGAAACCACAAGACCUUGGUGUGGAAGAUGAUGAUGGUGCUGAGGCAUUGGCAUAUGUGUUGCCCAAUGGUAGAAAAAGCAGAGCAAAGAAGAUGAAGAAGAGGUUAUGGUUUGAUGAGCACAGAGCUCUAGCAGCUUCUCAGAUUGCAAAUGAGAAGUCAUUUACAAUUAGGAAGUUGUAUUUAGUGCACACAUGCUCUUCUAUGUCAGAGAACACUAAAGUCACUGCUAAGUGGGUUUCAAAAUUCUGUGAGGAGGCUAUCAGAAAUGACCCAUGCACAACAAUCACAAGUAUUAUUAAUACUGCAAAGAGCAAGUAUGGUGUGGACAUACCAACACACAUGGCAUACAGGGCAAAGAGGGCAGCAAAGGAUGUUGUGUUAGGAGACCAGAAAGCCCAGUACACCAGGAUUAGGGAUUAUUUACAUGCUGUGUUGGAUACAAAUCCAGGUUCAAGAUGCAUUGUGACAACAAGAUAUCUGAAGGAGCAUCCAAGCACUAACCCUAGGUUUCAUGCACUGUUCAUAUGCUUGAAUGGAUGCAAAGAAGGGUUUCUCAAUGGCUGCAGACCAUUCAUAGGUCUAGAUGGUUGUUUCAUCAAGCUCACUACUGGUCAACAAAUUCUAGCUGCAACUGGAAGAGAUGGGAACAAUAAUAUUUUUCCCAUUGCUUUUGGAAUUGUUGAUAAGGAGGACACUAACUCCUGGACCUGGUUUUUAUACCAGUUGAGACAAGCAUUAGGUGGAGAAUCUGGGAAGUUUGGGAACUACACAAUAAUUUCAGAUAGGCAGAAGGGCCUUUUAAAAGCCAUUACCAGAGUGUUUCCCAAUUGUCCCCAAAGGUUUUGUCUUAGACAUAUCUACCAGAACUUUCAAAAUGCUGGGUUUAGAGGGCCUGAAUUAAAGCAAUACAUGGAUGCAGCUAGUUAUGCAUACACUGAACAUGGUUUUAAAACUGCAAUGGCUGAAUUAAAGAAUGAGAGUGAGGCUGCUUGGGAAUGGCUAAGCAAAAUACCUAAACACACUUGGGCCAGACAUGCAAUGGAUAUGAACUGCAAAACAGACUUAGUUGUUAACAAUCUAAGUGAGGUUUUCAAUAAGUGGGUUCUAGAUGUCAGGGCUAAACCAAUUAGGACCAUGGUGGAUGGAAUUAGGACAAAGUUAAUGGUCAAGUUCAAUGCAAAUAGAACAAAGACUGAGACUGUAAGAUGGGAAAUUUGUCCAACAUAUGCUGAGAAAUUAGAGGAAGCAAAGAAGUUUGCAAGGAACUGUCAUGCUUUGAUGGCUGGGCCUAAUCUUUACCAAGUCACUAGUGGGGAGAGAACUUAUGCUGUGAACCUACAACAUAGGACUUGUGGGUGCAAGAAGUGGGAUAUGACAACAGUUCCUUGCAAUCAUGCUGUUUCUGCCAUACACAAGGCUAAGCUUCAGCCAGAGGACUUUGUUCAUGAUUUCUUCAAAAAAAGAUGUACCUGGAAGCUUACAGUCCCAUUAUAUAUCCUGUACCUGGACCUGAUAUGUGGCCAAGGACAGACAGUAUGGACAUUGAGGCUCCAGUUUUCAAAGAACACAAGGGAAGGGCACAGACUAAGAGGAGAAAGGGCCAAUAUGAGAAGCCAGCUCCCAAAGACACCUCAAGAAUGGCCUCAAUUACCUGCUCUAAUUGCAAAAAGGUUGGCCAUAGAUACACCAACUCCAAGCAGCAACUCCUAUGAACCUGAUGCAGCCACACCAGCAAGGAGGGCCUCUUCUGCUGGUGGUGCUGCUGCUACUGCACCAUCACCAGCACAGAGGGCUUCUUCUUCUUCUGCUACAGCACCUGGACCAGCAAAGAAGAGGGCCUCUUCUGCUUCUGCAAAAACACCUGGACCAGCAAAGAAGAGGGCCUCUUCUUCUUCUGCUACAGCACCUGGACCAGCGAAGAAGAGGGCCUCUUCUUCUUCUGCUGCACCACCAAGGAGGACAACUGCUGGUAGUUCAUCAGCUGCUGCAAAGGGUAAAACAGUAGUAACUAGAUCUUCAGCUGCUGCAAAUGGAGCAAGGGCAUCUUUCUUGCCUCCAAGGCCAACUGGUGUUUCCCAGAGAAUUAGGAAGCCCACCCAGAAAAUUAGAGAUUACUUGACUGCUUCAGGUGCUCCAUGGGAAUGA